AUGUCUCUUCCAGCUAUGACGAUCAUCAUCUCCGUCGUAACGACGACUUUACUGAUCGCCAGUACCGCUUGCGGCUCCCAACUCCAGGUCGGGAGCCCCAAAGUACAAUACAUCGUGACCAACAACGCCAACCACACCCUGGGCGGGGCCCGAUUCAACAAGCAGAUCGGGCCCAACACCGCGGCCCAAAUACUCUACUCCGCGACCAACUUCACAUGGGCCGUGUUCGACCAGGCCAACAACCCACUGGACCGGAAGAACAUAACCUCGAUCACCCUCCUCAUCGAAGACAUUGGGGGGAACAACGGCAGCACCGCCGCGGCGGCGCAGACCAACAAGACCACCAUCCACGUCAGCGCCAACUACAUCGGGAACUACGCCGCCAACCUGCGGCGGCAGUUCAGCGGGACCAUCUACCAGGAGGUCGCCGCCAUCUGGCAGUGGAACGGCAAAGGGCAGGCGCCGGCGGGGCUGGUGACCGGGAUCGCGCACUACGUGCGGCUGCAGGCGCGGUACGGAACGGUGGAGAAGGUGAAGCCCGGGGACGGCGACCGGUGGGACCAGGGCGGCGGCGUGACGGCGAGGUUUCUUGUGUACUGCAAUCAAUUGAAGAAAGGGUUUGUUGGGCAGAUGAACAGGAAGAUGAGGCACGGGUAUACUGAUGGGUUCUUUCUGGAUUUGCUUGGGAAGCCGGUUGAUCAUCUGUGGAGCAAUUACAAGGAGAGGUACGGAUUGGAAGCAAGAACUCAUCGUCGUCACCAUGAGUAG